AUGUCCGUUGCACCUCUCGGGCCACUACAGCCCGCCGCGGCGGCGCUGGCGCUAAACAACACCAUCCCCGUCGACAUUUGGUCGGGCAUCCACCUCGGCGUGCUUGACCAGGUCUGCAAGGUGUGGAACGGCACAGCGACAAAUCUCACGCAGGCAGAGUACGACGGCGCAGCGCCCUCCCCUUUCCGACUACCCCAGAACCUCACUUCGGCGACCAUAACGCACUGCCGCAUCCCGUUCAACGUCAGCGCGGCCGACAGCUACACCCCGACGGACAAGUACCACAUGCUCGGUAACGCGCUGCACGCCGUCCCCGACCCGCAGAUCUGGGAGGUAUGGUGCCAGAUCACGGUUGCUCUGCCCAACGGGACUGUGGUUGGGUUGCCUGAUCCACAGGUGUCGGCUGUGUCCACGUACCAUGGACCGAUGGCGACCAAUUCGAAGGGCGAAGAGGUUCCGGCGUUCAUGGUGACGAGUUCGAGUUCGAGCACGCGCGCGAAUGCCGCUGCGCCGACGCACACGCCCCGGCGUCGUCUUCCACACGCGUGCAGGUAG